CCUCAACUCACUUCCCAAAUUUACAUCGUAUCAUCGUAUAAUCGAAAAACAACCUCGUUGCUUUGCUUUUCUCAAUUCAUUACAUGUCACAUAAAGAGGCCCGAGACCCUCUUUGAUUCAGUUCUCCGAUUCCUCAAAGCUCAAUUCCCUCCAGGUAAACCCUACUUGAUUCUUUCCCAAACCAUUCGAAAUUUCGAAUUUUUUUUUGGGGAUUGUAAUUCAGGGUUUAAUAAUAAUGUGUUGGAUCGACGGAAGACUUUGCUGCCCAUGUUUGAUGUAAAAACCAGUUUGAUAUAAUAGGGAUAUCUGAAUAUUGUUCUGCAACUUUUGAUCUUUUCAUCUUUUGCUGAUUUGGGUUUUGCCGAGAAAGAUGUUUGGGAUCGGGAAAUCCAUCGCCACGGCUCAGGUUUCGACUUCCCCAACAGUGUUGUCUUCCUCGUUGUCUUCCGUCCCACAUAGUUCAUCGAAUUCCUUGCCUCUUCUUCCGCUCAGAUCACGGAGAAAAAUCGCUCCGAUAACCGCUGCUUCGUCCUCCGGCGAUGCUGGUGGGCCCGCUUCGGAGAAGGGGAAUCCACUCGCGGUGGUCCUGGAUGUUCCGCGGACUAUUUGGAAGCGCACAUUGCGGCCGUUGAGCGAUUUUGGUUUCGGUCAUAGGAGCAUUUGGGAAGGCGGAGUCGGGCUAUUUCUAGUUUCUGGUGCGGUUGUUCUUGCUCUCAGUUUGGCAUGGUUGAGGGGGUUCCAAUUGCGGCAUAAAUUCAGGAAGUACUUGGCUGUGUUUGAGUUUUCUCAAGCUUGUGGCAUUGCGAAUGGGACGCCUGUCAGGAUUCGAGGCGUGACCGUUGGCAACGUUGUUCGCGUAAUCCCGUCCUUGAAAAACAUUGAAGCAGUUGUUGAGGUUGAAGAUGAUAAAAUAGUCAUACCUAGAAAUUCACUGAUUGAGGUGAACCAGUCAGGUCUUCUUAUGGAAACGAUAAUCGACAUUACUCCGCGAGACCCGAUUCCACAUGCUUCAGUGGGGCCUCUUGACCCGGAAUGUGUCAAAGAAGGUCUAAUUGUGUGUGAUAGGCAAAAGGUGAAGGGAAAACAAGGAGUGAGCUUGGAUGCAUUGGUAGGGAUAUUCACUCGCCUCGGGCGUGAUGUAGAGGCAAUUGGUAUUGCCAACACUUAUUCACUGGCUCAACAAGUCGCUUCUGUUAUCGGAGAGGCAAAGCCUCUGCUCGCAAAGAUCCAAGCCAUGGCUGAAGAUAUUCAACCUUUGCUAGCUGAGGUUCGGGAUAGUGGUCUGCUUAAAGAGGUUGAAACUUUAACCAAAAGCCUUACUGAAGCCUCUGAGGAUUUGAGAAGAGUGCAUUCGUCCAUUUUGACUCCCGAGAAUACAGAACUGAUUCAGAAGUCGAUAUACACUUUAAUUUUCACCUUAAAGAACAUCGAGAAUAUAAGCUCUGAUAUCCUUGGAUUCACUGGUGAUGAAUCUACAAGAAGAAAUUUGAAAUUACUUAUCAAGUCUCUUAGCAGGUUAUUAUGAAGUUCAUCAAAAGAACUAACUUUUAUGACUAAAGAUACCAUCGUUGGUCACAGAAAUGGUUUCCAGGUUCCAUAAUUAUAAAGAAGAGAAAUGUGAAGCAUCGCUUUCGAGUUUUUUUUUUGCUUUUUCCGAAAGAAAUGUGGCUCCUUACAGUUCAACUAAGGCAUUUCCUUUUAGCUCAUGUUCCAUAGAAAAGCUUUUGAUUGUAGAGCUACAUUUUUCAUUCAUCUUAGAGUUCUAUUGAUGUGUUCUUAUGAUCUCUUUAGAUUCAUGCGUUCUUAUUAUGUCCUUUUUAUCAAAACCAUUUUGAAGUUGCCAAUAUCCUUCGGACUGAUUAUCCUGAGAGCCUUAUUUGUUGUUGUAGGUUCCGUUUUCAAUAAAAGGUUGUACUCUUUUUCCUUCUUUCAGAUUUUCC